CCACACUUAAAAUUGAUUGCCUCGCCACCGUGGGAUUUACUGAAAUAUUUAUUUUAUUAAACUUAAAAAUAACUUAGUCGUCAAGCCAUUGAGGAAUACUAAUUGUUUGCCUUUGGCAAUGAAACCUGAAGUGCGUUAAUGAGUUUACGUAAGCAUUAUAUAAAUGUAAUCAGGAGUUGUCAGCGGCGCCUGGAGAUCGAUGGUCACAAGAUAAGGCGAGAUGAGUGAUCGCCUUAUCUGUUAUCGAAGGAAUCUUCAGCGAGAGGCGGUAGUCAUCCGACAUUCGCACAGAAGCCUCUGUAGGCACCACAUCCUUGAGGCCGCGCUCGCGACGCGAAUGCGUAUGCGCAUAUAGUGUAGCUAUAGGGUGACGAUGUCACGGUAGCCAGUGUCCGCUCAAAUAUCUCGUAUCGUGAUCUCAUAGCGGAUUUUAUUUGUAAAAGUGAUAGAGUGAAUUUGCCAAAAUGGGUUUAGAUUUCUUAGAACAUGGAGCGGACUUCGAAAACGCGAUUUCUGCCACCGGUUUCGGUCGGUUUCACUUCUGCCUCCUGGCCGUCACCGGGUUGAUUUACGCCAACACUGCCAUCGGCAUCACCAUAGUAUCAUUUGUGCUGCCGGCAGCUACAUGUGACUUCAGGAUGACGUCGUCGGACAAGGGGUGGCUCACAGCUGCACCUAUGUUGGGUAUGGUCAUUGGUUCAUACUUCUGGGGCUGCCUGGCUGACACAAAAGGACGUAAAAUAGUGCUGGUGUCUACGCUUCUGAUGGACGGUUUUGUCGGAAUAUUCUCCUCCUUCGUCCAGAUCCUGCCCAUCUUCAUGGCCUGCCGAUUUAUCAACGGCUUCGCUGUCGCUGGUGCUAUGGGUAUCUGCUUCCCAUAUUUGGGCGAGUUUCAGGCAACCAAAUACAGAGAAAAGAUCCUGUGCUGGAUGGAAUUGUUCUGGACCUUGGGUGUCAUCUUACUGCCUCUGAUUGCGUGGGCCAUCAUCCCCAUCACUGGCAUCCGCAUAGAGAGCGGCUGGUUCUCAUACGACUCUUGGAACUGGUUCGUGGCUGCGUGCGGAGUACCGUCCCUGGCCCUCGGAUUCUGGCUCCUCACUUUCCCCGAGAGCCCUAAGUUCAUGAUGGAGUGCGGCGACUACGACGAAGCCUUGGAAGUUUUGAAGGUCAUCUACAAGUCUAACACCGGUGACGACCCUAAAAAUUAUCCCGUCAAAAGUCUCAAGGAGAAACAGCGAACUGUGUCGGUGGCAUCACAGGGCUCAAUCAAAUCCAUCAGGACUCUAAAGAUGACCAAGAAAAAGGACUUGAAACGACUCGUCAGCGAAAUCUGGUCUCAAACGAAGGCUCUGUGCAAACCUCCUUACCUAAAAUACACUAUCCUCACUUGCCUCAUUCAGUUCGGCUUAACUACAAGCUACUACACCCUCAUGAUCUGGUUCCCGGAGCUGUUCAAUAGGUACGAAGUCUAUGAGAAAAUAUUCCCUGGCGAACACGCGUCGGUGUGCACGGUGGCAGAAUACAAGGUGGACCAAGGCGCAGGUGGCGCCAGCGACCCCUUCGAUUGCCUCAAGGUCAUCGAUAAGAGCGUGUACAUGCACACACUCAUUGUAGGCUUGGCUUGCAUCCCCACGUCUCUAUGGCUGCCGCUUUGUGUACACAAACUCGGUGCCAAAUUCUUCUUGAUUUUCAGUUUGAGUUUCGCCGGCGCGGUCACAGUGGGCCUGUACUUCGUACACAACUCCACCCAGAAUCUGGUUCUCUCAUGCAUCUUUGAAGCCCUCACCUCCCUAGCCAUCAGUCUUGUGUUCUGUGUGCUUGUCGACUUAUUCCCUACAAACCUUAGGGUAAUGGCAGCCGCGCUCUCACUGACGGCGGGUCGAGGCGGUGGUCUUAUUGGUAACCUGUCUUUCGGAUACCUUAUCGAUUUGAACUGUGUGGUGCCUAUAGUCGUCUUUUCAGCAUUCUUAUUCAUUGCUGCGCUCCUCUGCUUCUUCUUGCCAAAGACAGGUCAAGAGUCUCUAGACUAAGUACACGAUAAACCUAGAUAGUGCAAAUUAGACUGUAAUGCGUAGAUCACAAGUUGUGUGGCUGUACAUAUCAUUUAUUAGGAUGUAAAUAUUGUGUUUUAAGUAUUAUUUAUUAACGAGUUGCGAGUCUAGUAUCAUUAGCCAUGUCUUGUGUUCAGUGAGUGACGUAAAAUUUACCAAGGGUGGUGAUCCGAAGUUACCGAUGUAACGUAAUGAACAUAACAGUAUUUUAGAAAUUGACUGUAAGAUAAUGCCCUAAAUUAUUAUUUUAAUUUAUUAAAGGUUUAUUUUGCCUUACA